AUGCACUUGUACAAUUUGACACUUCAGCCUCCUACCGCAAUAACACAGGCAAUUGUUGGCAAUUUCUCGGGCGCCCGGCAGCAGGAAAUCAUUGUUUCUCAUGGAACGCGUCUCGAACUCCUACGUCCCGACGUACAGACUGGAAAAAUAUCGACUGUCAUUGCAACCGACGUCUUUGGGUCCAUUCGUUCCCUCGCUGCGUUUCGUUUGACUGGCGGGACCAAGGAUUACGCCAUAGUAGGCUCUGAUUCGGGACGUAUCAUUAUCCUGGAUUAUGACCCCAAAACCAGCAGCUUCGUCAAACUUCACCAGGAAACAUACGGGAAAUCGGGUGCUCGUCGUAUUGUUCCUGGCCAAUAUCUUGCCACAGAUCCAAAGGGACGCAGUGUCAUGAUAUCUGCUAUGGAAAAGGCAAAGCUGGUUUACAUCCUCAACCGCGACGCCGCGGCCAACUUAACAAUCUCAUCACCACUUGAGGCGCAUAAAAACUCCGCCAUCAUUCACCACAUCGUCGGUUUAGAUGUUGGAUUCGAAAAUCCAAUGUUCGCAGCGUUAGAGGUUGAUUAUGCAGAAUCGGAUCAAGACCCAACAGGUGAUGCAUUUAAGAAUGCCGAAAAGAUGUUGACCUACUAUGAACUGGAUCUUGGUCUUAACCACGUUGUACGCAAAUGGAGCGAACCAACCGACCCUCGCGCUAACCUGCUCGUGCAAGUUCCUGGCGGUCAACUCGCUUCAUCCGAGCGCUUCGAUGGCCCCUCUGGUGUUCUUGUUUGCUGUGAAAAUCAUAUUAUUUAUCGACAUGCUGAUGUUCCUCAACAUCGUGUUCCCAUACCUCGCCGAAGACAUCCUCUAGAGGACCUUAACCGUGGGCUAAUCAUUACGGCUGCCGUCAUGCACAAAAUGAAGGGAGCCUUUUUUUUUCUGCUACAAAGCGAAGAUGGUGACCUGUACAAGGUCACCAUUGAGCAUGAAGACGAAGAAGUGAAAUCACUCAAAAUCAAAUAUUUUGAUACUGUACCUGUCGCCUCUAAUCUUUGUAUUCUCAAAUCUGGUUUCCUUUUUGUCGCGAGCGAAUUUGGAAAUCAUUACCUUUACCAAUUUCAGAAACUUGGUGACGACGAUGACGAGCCAGAAUUUAGUUCAACAUCAUAUCCAUCCUUUGGCAUGGCUGACCCAUCGGUUCCGCUACCGCACGCAUUUUUUCGACUACACCCUUUGGACAACCUUGUGGUUGCUGAUGAAUUGGAAUCCUUGGAUCCGAUUUUAGACUCCAAGGUCAUGAACCUUCUCCCAAACUCAGACACUCCCCAGAUCUUCGCAGCUUGCGGACGCGGCGCACGCAGUACUUUCAGGACACUACGUCAUGGCCUUGAAGUCGAGGAAUCGGUUAGUUCUGAUCUUCCAGGCAUUCCGAAUGCUGUUUGGACGACGAAACGGACUGAAGAUGACCCCUUCGAUUCUUAUAUCAUCUUAUCAUUCGUCAACGGCACCCUGGUGCUCUCUAUCGGAGAAACGAUUGAAGAAGUGCAGGAUACGGGAUUUUUGUCAUCCGCCCCGACACUUGCAGUUCAGCAAAUCGGUGCAGACGCGCUCUUGCAGGUUCACCCCCACGGUAUUCGUCACGUCCUCGCCGAUCGCCGUGUAAAUGAAUGGAGGGUGCCACAGGGAAAAACAAUUGUUAGUGCAACAACGAACAAAAGGCAAGUUGUGGUUGCUUUGAGCUCUGCGGAGCUGGUUUAUUUUGAGUUGGAUCUGGAUGGUCAGCUAAAUGAAUAUCAAGAUCGAAAGGCGAUGGGCAGUACAGUUCUUGCGCUGAGCAUCGGUGACGUUCCUGAAGGCAGACAGAGAACUCCCUAUCUCGCGGUAGGCUGCGAGGAUCAGACUGUUCGAAUCAUCUCGCUGGACCCAGAAACUACUCUGGAGACCAUCAGUUUACAAGCUUUGACUGCUCCUCCUUCCGCUAUAUGCAUCGCAGAUAUGCUAGAUGCGAGCAUCAACAAAUCGCAGCCCACGAUGUUUGUCAACAUUGGUCUCCAGAAUGGCGUUCUACUACGUACGGUUCUUGAUCCUAUCAAUGGCCAGUUGACGGAUACACGGACUCGCUUCUUGGGGACCAGGCCUAUCAAAUUAGUCCGAGUGCAGAUUCAGCGCAAUCCUGGGAUACUUGCUUUGUCCUCGAGGUCCUGGCUAAACUACACACAUCAAAAUCUUAUGCACUUCACGCCUCUAAUUUAUGAUAACCUCGACUAUGCGUGGAGCUUCUCCGCAGAGCUAAGCCCGGAAGGUCUGAUCGGUAUCGCAGGCAGUGUUCUUCGGAUAUUCCAGGUCCCUAAAUUGGGAACGAAGUUGAAACAAGAUUCGAUCCCCCUCUCAUACACACCCCGCAAAUUCAUCACACAUCCAGGAAAUAAUUAUUUUUAUCUCAUCGAGGGUGAUCACAGGACGUUGGGAGAGGAAGCUGCGAGCACAAAACUUGAUGAAUUUCGUCGGCAAGGUAAAAGUUUCGAUGAUGGGGAAAUUAACAUCCCCCCAGAAGUAUUCGGCCGACCAAAAGCCCCCGCCGGAACUUGGGCUUCCUGCAUCCGUAUCAUAGAUCCUGUUGAAGCGAAGACGGUUGCUGUGAUUCCAAUGGAUAGCAACGAAGCUGCCUUCUCCCUCGCAAUCGUACCAUUCUCUGCUCGAAACGGAGAACUUCACCUCGUCGUUGGCACUGCUGCAGAUACCAUUGUUUCUCCCCGCUCAUGUACAAGCGGCUAUCUGCGAACGUACAAGUUCACGAACGAGGGUGCAGGUCUUGAGUUCCAACACAAGACCGAGGUUGACGAUGUCCCACUGGCCUUGUUAGCAUUCCAGGGGCGACUUGUUGCCGGUGUUGGCAAGGCACUAAGAAUUUAUGAUAUUGGCAAGAAAAAACUGCUUCGAAAAGUUGAGAACAAGACGUUUUCUUCCGCGAUUGUUACCCUGUCUACCCAAGGUUCAAGAAUUAUAGUUGGCGAUAUGCAAGAAUCGAUACAAUUUGCCGUGUACAAACCUCCUGAAAACCGGUUGCUAGUAUUCGCAGAUGACAGUCAACCCCGAUGGAUAACAGCAUCAUCAAUGGUGGAUUACAAUACAAUCGUUGCGGGUGACCGAUUCGGAAAUAUCUUUGUCAAUCGACUCGAUCCAAAAGUUUCUGAACAAGUCGACGAUGAUCCCACUGGUGCUGGCAUCCUCCACGAAAAGGGCAUUUUAAUGGGUGCACCACACAAGACAAAAAUGCUUGCCCACUUUCACCUUGGAGACCUGGUCACAUCGAUUCACAAAGUGUCGCUUGUCGCAGGAGGUCGGGAGGUCUUGAUGUACACUGGGCUUCAUGGAACGAUCGGCAUUCUCGUGCCAUUUGUUUCUAAAGAAGACGUGGAUUUUAUCUCAACGCUCGAGCAACAUAUGCGCACUGAACAAAGCAGCUUAGUUGGCAGAGAUCAGCUCAGCUGGAGGGGAUACUAUGCCCCUGUGAAGGCAGUUGUUGAUGGUGAUUUGUGUGAGACUUAUGCAAGGCUCCCAGCAGCUAAGCAGAGCUCCAUUGCUGGCGAACUCGAUAGGACCGUCGGUGAGGUGCUCAAAAAGCUUGAACAACUGAGGGUGACAACAAGUGGAUUCUAG